AUGACUGGCGCAAGCAGCGGAUGCUGCAACUUUGGGCCGCAGAUGCGGCUGGUACAGCGGGGAUCUUCAGUGGACCGAGCUCUGCAGCAACCCCGGUACACUGUUGACUGGCAACUGGCACGAAUGCGCAGUCAUUAUAUUGAGCAGACGCUUUGCUUGCCUGACUGGUUCAUCGUGUUGCUGCAAGCAUCCAGUGGAUUUCGAGACCCAAUCUUUACUGGUGCGUCCUUGCCAGCCAAUCAGGACCAUGACAUACUCACCGAAGGCGGAGACGCUCAUUCUCCUUGGACUCAAGCCACAUGCCUCCACCCGGCCGAGCCACAUCCCCAAUCCCUUGUGGCUUCUCGUCGGCAGUACGGAAAAAUUAUUCUUACCAUCCCACUUUUAGGUCUUCAAGCCCUUUCUGUGGGCAUUUCACCCGCGAGAGGGAGGAGCCACGAGCACCUUCAGCCCACCAACGGAUUUGCCGACCUCUGGAACGUCGAAACCCUCUCUUUUCUCUUGCACGUUCAACCACAACAUCACCACAACCCAACCGUCACAAUGUCCACCCCCGAGCUCGCUUCUUCCUACGCGGCCCUCAUCCUUGCCGACGAUGGCAUCGAUAUCACCGCCGACAAGCUCCAGGCUCUGAUCAAGGCCGCCAACGUCGAGGUUGAGCCCAUCUGGACUUCCAUCUUCGCCAAGGCUCUUGAGGGCAAGGACGUCAAGGAUCUCCUUGUCAACGUCGGCUCUGGUGGUGGUGCCGCCCCCGCUGCCGGUGGCGCUGCUGCUGCCACUGCUGCUGCUGACGCUCCCGCUGAGGAGGCCAAGGAGGAGGAGAAGGAAGAGUCCGACGAGGACAUGGGAUUCGGUCUCUUCGACUAA